AUGGCUGAGUGUGGUAUCUGUUUAGACCAGCUGAAAUCACCCGUUUCUAUACCGUGUGGCCAUGUACACUGUGAAAGCUGCCUGAUAGCACACGUCAAUGCCAGCCCAGAUGCGAUGAAGGCCGCUUGUCCCACCUGCCGGUCAAAAUUCUAUGUUGUCUCUCAAAAUCUUGCUCUCGUGCCACCAAAAUAUCAUGAUUUCCUACUUCCCAGUGUUCGAAAACUGUUUAUUGAUAUCCCAUCGCAAUCCCGUCUGAAAAAAGAUGUCGCCAUACUCAACGGGCGUGUCAAGUCGUUGCAAAAGGACAAAGAUUUGCUAAUGGAAAAAUGCGAGGCAUACAUGGCUUCUGCAGACAAGCACGCACAAGGUGAAAAAGAAGCCAGAAUGAGAGCCGGGGAGGCUCAGAGACAGCUCGAAGAACUACAGAAGAAGUAUACGCUCAUGAAAAAGAAAUAUCGAACUGAACCACGGGAUGAUUGUGUAAAUGCGAGUAACGCGAGCACCUCUAUGAUGUCCGUCGCUUCUACUAGUCGUCAGAAACCCGAGUCAGCGGAAGCACCUUCGCAACGUCUUCCUGCCCGAAACUUCCUUGAACCCCUUAAAUCCUCAACGUCUUCUCGACCCAAGCGCCCACUUCCUAAAUCUAGGCUUUGGCUUCCUUCCCACUUGGCAGACAAUAAUAUGCUUGACCCUCCUCCCAUAUUCAGGAAAAAAUUGCGCACCAUCAGACGCACGGACGUUCAUAUGAGUGGCAGCGAUACCGAACAUUCAUAG